UCUUAUAAGCCAUUAGUCUAUAAAUAAGAAUUAGUCAAGAGAAGGAGAAUAUUAUCGAAGUUGAAUAUUAUGAAUUAGUCAAUUAUGAAUUAGUCAAUUAUGAAUUCAUCAAAACUUUUGAAUCAAGGCCAUUUCUUCAGAAUAGCCAAGAGCAAUUCAUGCGUUAUAGAAAAGGUCAAUGAGUCGACCUUCCCAGAAUUGCUUAUUCUUUGAAUGACGAACUCGAUGUCGUUAAGCGUCUCCAGUCGUUGAUGUGACGCAUAGAUACUUUCUACGAUUCACUUGUAAAAAUAUUUUCACGGAGUAUGGCGACAAUGUUUCGCGAUGAAUCAAGUACAUUUGUGCCUCAAAACAUAGGAAUCCUGCUAACUUUGUUAUUCUUCACCUACGUGCUGCUUUCAGCGCUGUUUUUUACAUUCCUUGUUCGCUACCUAACUGGAAAUGCAGUUUCGGAACGCGUUCCUACAGUUGUCUCUAUUGUGGCACUCACUGUGGCGUCACUGCCAACUGGAUUGGUACCUAUCGACGUAUUUAUCGUCGGUUACAUGAAAAAUUCUUCGGGCCAGUUCCAACCGUGGGCCAUCGAUUCACGAGAUCGUCAUGAUUUUUCCACUACUCUCCUCUGUGCUUACUACGCGUCCUACAUAGCAACGCUUUUUACAACGUUCGUCAUUAUUCCUUUGGCGUAUUUCUUUCACAAGACCGAAACUGCUUCCUCUGGACGAUCUCGUCAAAAUAUUUUGCCCGCUUUGUGUUACACUGGUUUGUGUAUCAUGAUUCUAAUAAUCUUGCUCUCCAUCGGUGGCGUUGUGCCAACUCGAGAAUUUCCCACUCCUAAUUCAACGCUCGAAGAACAGUUUCACAUCAUGCUGGACGAUUUGAAAACCUCGGAGUUGGAAGACAUGUUCUCUUUCGCAUUGUCGGCAAUAAGAAUUGUCGGGCUGGCAUUAAUUACAACUUACGUGGGCAUCGGAAUGGUUUUGGGACCAAUCAACCACAUUCGAGGCUAUCCUGAUCCACGGACCGAGUUGGCCGGAGUCCGCAAUCGCCGCACUGGCAUUCAGAUCGAGAUAUCUUCCAUCCAGCAAAAUCGAAUAACAUUGCCACAAGAAGUGAGUCAGCUGCCACGAUCCGAGGCCAUCCGUUUGCUCUCUCUCGAACACGAAGAUUUGGAUUUACGAGAAAGAGAAGACCACUUGAAAGAAAAAACCAAACACUGGCUCUCGCCCUUCGUGAUGGUCUGUCGGCCUACUCAAAUCGGAGCUGGUUUAAUCGGAUUAUUCAUUGGACUUCUAAUAUUCAUCUCAAUUUUCAUGAACAAUAUUUUACGAGCCAUGUUCUCCUGGGGUGAACAUGUUGGUUAUUUGAUGCCGAACGUAAAAGUACUGAAUCCGCUCGAUCGUCUUUCACUAUUUAUCCAGCGAGUGUUUCCACUUGAUUUCAUUCUUCUAAUAUUCCUCGUAACAUUUCUUAUACUGGCAGCUACUUCAGGAUUCCAAAAAGUUGGACUGGGGAUUCCGUGGAUAAAGACGUACAAAAUUAAACCUUGGAAAACAAGAAGCCGAUCUCUGCUGGUUUUUACGGCGAACUUAAUAUUGAUCCUGCUCUCCGUGGACAUUCUUUUACUGAAUCUUCUUCCUCAGUACACGACUUUCUCCUCACAACGCUACAUAGCUUGUGCCGAAAAUAAAACUUUGCAGUACCCACUUCUUCCAACACCCCUUCCAGAUUCAGCAAAGGAAGACAAAAUUCAUUCGUUGAGCCAUUCUUCGAUACUGGACGAGUGCGAUGAGUCGUUAGUCCUGCCGUGUGACUGGACCGCACCCGAAGGCCAGUGCGUUAUGACUCGUAUAUCUGUGCUCUGGGCAAGAGUGUGUUACAAAACUUGGUAUUUCGGAGCCAUGUUCUACUGUAUCACUUGGAUUUUUUUAGUCGUAGUCGUGUUAGAGGGCUGCAUUGCUACUUUCCGACCAUCGCGUAGAUCAAAUUCGGCAAUGAUCCUUCCUGAUCUAGAAUCUUCUUAAACCUCAAUUCUUAAGCCUCAAUUUUCACCUCAAGUCAAAAUGUAUCCUGCAAUUAUUCCUUCAUUAUGUCUUAAAUUGCAUUAUUACCAAUCCAGGAUAUGGAAUUAAAA